GUAUUACUCUAUGGACUGCACCCUACUCUGUUCUUCCCACGCCGAGAUACCGUGAUAAGCCGAUAAAUAAAGUGGAAGAAAAAAGAUGUGGUCACGAAUCUGUAGGGCAUCUACCACGUUCACAGUAUCAACAGUUGAAGACGAACGAAGGUUAUGAAAUAAGGGUGGAAUACGCGUACCGCAUGCGCCUAUUAUUAUUAUUAUUAUCGUUGCAACACACGGAAGAUCAUAGCUGGCUGUUUAUGAGCAAUAACCAUUUCUGAUAUCUAUUUUCGCGGGUUCGUGCGUCAAUCCGCAAUGAUGGGUUUUUAGUUGUUAUACUCAUUCUCCAUUCUAGUAGUUAUUUACCUGAAAAAAUAUUGUCCAAAGAAUCCAAAUAGUUUCCGAAAUUCUUCUGCUACUGAAGUGUGCGGGUUUCUCAGUGAUCAGGACUUCUUCUGGCUGUAAUUUCGAUUGUGACGUUCACUGCUGUGAUCAUGGCUAACCACGAGAGUACUUUCGCCGUGUUCAGUCUGGUGAAGAUUGCGUUUAAGGCGUGUAAUGAGAUACAGCAGCACUGGUACAACGAACUGAACGUGCAGCGGCAAGAUAUAAAAAAAUGUUGUAAGUCGCUGUUUGAAAUCAUCUCUUUGAACACGAAUGGUGGCGAGUUCGACCCUCACGGAGACAGGCGGUCCAUGUUCAACAAGGUGUUGAACAUCGUUCAAAAUAUUGAUAACAAUGAACGGCGCAAAGUAUACAAACUAGUAUGCAGCCAUGCCGCGAGAAAUGGGCACUUCGAUUGCUUGAGGAUCGCUCACGAGAUGGGCUUCCCAUGGGGUGUGAAUACAACCUUUCGUGCAGCGGAAAAAGGAUACCUGCAAUGCCUUAUCUAUUUACGUGAAAAUGAGUGUCCCUGGAACAUUAAAACGUGCACGGCAGCUGCGGAAAAUGGGCACAUGGAGUGUCUCAGGUAUGCGCAUGAAAAUGCGUGUCCCUGGGACAUUAUGACACUCUGGGGCGCCGCGGACAUGGGGCAACUUGAAAUACUCAAGUACUUGUUAGAGAACGGCUGUCCGCGUACCAAAUUGGCGUGCACCGUGGCAGCGUUUCGAGGCCAUACGGAGUGCCUGAUGUACCUGCACAGGAGCGGUGUCGAAUGGGACAAGAAUACAACCAAAGCAGCCGCGGGUUAUGGGUCAGUCGACUGUCUCCGUUACGCACACCGUAAUGGGUGUGAAAUGAAUCGAUCGGCGUGCCUAAAACGGGCAAUAGAGAUGAAACAAAUAGACUGCGUAAAGUACCUGAUCGCUGACUUAGUACCCGAACUCCAGAAGUUGUAUAAGCGGCGGUUGGCCAACCGGUUGCGUGGCGGCCGACAUCUAACUCGGAAUAAUCGUGUACGCUCUAGACAACUGCUGUCUGCGCGACGAAUACAAUUCUUUCCGCCUAGAAGCAAUUGACUGUGCCUGCCCGAUGUAGAUUCUUCUUCUAAAUAUGUUUGUAAUUAAAUUCAUAUUUAUGGUUGUUUGAGUUAAAAUUGUAAAAUUUGAUGUUUUUAAAAAA